CGGGCCUCCUUCAUUGAGCAUCGAUGUCUCUUCCUAGGUAAUUGAUCACUGUAGAACCAGGAACGCCGAUUCAUCGUAGAGGGAGGGUGAGCAUCAUGAAUAUUCAAAAGGCUGCAUCCGCACUACUGCAAGAGUGCAAGCAAAUGCUGGACCAGCUAUUGCUGGAGGCGUCAGAUGUAUCAGAGGAGGACAGGAGCAAGGACCAGCGUUGCAGAGCUUCACUCCCCAGCGAGUUAAGGACCCUGAUCCAGGAGGCAAAGGAAAUGAAGUGGCCCUUCGUGCCUGAAAAGUGGCAGUACAAACAAGCCGUGGGCCCAGAGGACAAAGCAAACCUGCAGGACCUGAUUGGCGGCUGGCUGCAGCAGUUACUGGAGUCCCUGAGAGCAUCCAUCCAGGCUCAGGACUGUGCUACGGCCUCGGCUCUGGUCUUCCUCAUGGACCGGUUCCUGUACGGGCUCGAUGUCUCCAGCAAACUCCUCCAGGUCUCCAAAGGUCUCCACAAGCUGCAGCCAGAAACACCGAUUGCUCCGCAGGUGGUUAUUCGCCAAGCCCGAAUCUCUGUCAACUCAGGAAAACUUUUAAAAGCCGAGUACAUUCUAAGCAGUCUAAUAAGCAACAAUGGUGCAACAGGUACUUGGCUGUACAGAAAUGAAAGUGACAAAGUCCUGGUGCAGUCCGUUUGUAUACAGAUCAGAGGGCAGAUUCUACAAAAGCUAGGAAUGUGGUACGAAGCUGCAGAAUUAAUAUGGGCCUCAAUCAUAGGCUAUUUGACACUCCCUCAGCCCGACAAAAAGGGCAUUUCCACAUCACUAGGUAUAUUGGCUGAUAUCUUCGUUUCCAUGAGCAAGAAAGAGUAUGAAAAGCUUAAAAGCAGUCCACACAUUAACUUGGGCCUCCUGCAGGAGUUUGACCACCAUUUGCUCUCGGCGGCCGAAGUCUGCAAGCUGGCAGCUGCCUUCACCCCUUAUACACCCCUCUUUGUUCUCACCGCCAUGACUAUUCGUGGCACGUGCUUACUCUCCUACAGUAGCUCCAAUGACUGCCCUCCGGAAAUGAAAAGUGUGUAUCUGCAUGAAGCCAAGGAGGCCUUUGAAAUUGGCCUCCUCACCAAGAGAGCUGAUGAACUGGUUCCUGGGAAACAGGAGCUCCAUACUUUUGUCAAAGCCGCCUUCUGUCUCACCACGGUGCACCAGCGGCUCCGGGGAGACACCGAGGCGGUCGCUGCAGCCCGUGGGCUGUGUGGGGAGGCUGUGGAAAAGUUGUACACAUUCAGUACGUCAUCGGAGGCUCAGGACCGAGCCGCCCUGUCUCGGGAAAUCAUGUCUGCUGUCACCCAGGUGAAGGAUCAUUUACAAGUUGAAGGCUUCCCAAAUGUAGAGCACAGUUUAGAACAGAAGGGCAGGUCUUACAUCCCAGAGGGCUUCAUGAGCUCCUUGGGUAAUGCCCUUUUGCGUGGGCAAGUGGAUUUCCAGGAAAUCCUGGAAGCCUAUUCCCAGCACCAUACUUCGGUCUGUGAGGUGUUUGAAGGCACUUGCGAAAGCAGCAAAAGCAAACCCAAAGGUAGAGGAGUCUGUGUCACGGCUCUGAAGACAGAAACCCAAAGCGCAGCCACUGUGAGCGCUGCUGAUGAGAAACCACCCCGUCAACGAGGCAGAGGAAUGUCUUCCUCCCCCGUGCGCAGGAACGGGCCGGAGAAACCGCUGCAGGCUACAGGAUGGAAAAACUGGCUCCACUCUGAUGCCUUUCGAGAGGCUGUGGAUAAAGAUGGGGAGAUUGAGACGGAGCCACCAGGCUGCACCAACGGCGAGGCCGCUGUUUUGAACACGUCUCUGAAUGACAGCCAGACUUCCAGUUCUUGGAGCAAGUUUUCAGGGCUCAGUUCUUCUGCAAGUUGGGAGGAAGCCGAUUACGAGGCUGAUCAGUCAGAUGAAAAAGAAGCUAACAAAGAAGAGCUUGUGGACAUGCAGUGUUCUACCGCCUGCUCUGAAGAGCCGGGAAACAAGGCGGGAAACUACGCUGUCACGUACUUGUCGUCAGAGAGUCCCCUUUCUCUGCGGGGGUGCCAGGCUGGCAAUGUCGAAUCUUCUCAAAGACAACUACCGGGGCCCAUGCCCUUGACAACUGUCUCUCCUCCUAAUGGAACAGGCGUGUUCUUGACCUCUGCUACAGAGCUAUUAAAAGGUGGUCCAGGGGAUACCCAGGACGUCAGAAAUCUAGAAGCCAGACAUGCUUCUGCUGCUCUCAGAUUGGCAUGUGGUUCCACGCCUUGGACAUCCUGUGGUAUUAACAGGCCUCAGAACAUACCCACAUGUUCAUUAGUCCAGGUGGAAAACAUCUUAGAAGAAAAGGCAGAAAUUAUCCACAGUGCUGAAGAGAGACAUGGGGAAGAGGAGAAAGAAGAAAUCAGUACCAGAGAUACAGGACCCACAUUUAAAAGUGGACCUUUCGGGGUUGGCAGAGAAGACAAGGCAGCAGAAAAUCCAGAAGAUGUGCCCCUCAACACUGCGAAUGUCGUGGAUGACUCCAUGUCCACAUGUAGCUCGUUCACGCCCUACUGGCCUGACCAAAAUGAUGACCUAGGAAAUGGCGGUGGUGGCUCAGCCAAAGAGCAGCCCGUCCACCCUGAUGCCCCCACAGUGGAUUACAAGAGCCAACUGCUUGACCACCCGGGUGUUCACUCCACGAGUAGAUGUGGUCCUCAUAGGCUGAAAGCGAUGAGGCCACCUCUUGGCCAUGGGGCUGAGACUUCUAAUUCCUCUGUCAAUAUUCCUUCCUCCAUCCCUAACGAGGACUGCACUACCACAGAGGAAGGGAAUCAACCUGGAAACAUGCUCAACUUCAGCCAGAACUCCAGUUCAUCCUUGGCAUGGCGUUCUGGAUCAUCUGUGUUUUCCAGUGGUUCCUAUGAUGGGGAGAGCCCUUGGUCCUUCCUGAAUUCCAGCGGAAGUUCGUUUGUUUCUUUGCCAGGAAAGACAAGGCAAGAGAUCCUUGAAGCGCGUACCCUGGAGCCUGAUGACUUUGCAAAACUCUUAGCAGGGGUGAAGCAUGAUUGGCUGUUUCAAAGGCUGGAGAAUACAGGAGUGUUUAAGCCCAGUCAACUCCACCAAGCGCACAAUGCUCUUCUGUUAAAAUAUUCCAAGAACUCUGAAUUGUGGACAGCCCAGGAAACUGCUGUAUAUUUGGGGGACUACCUGAAUGUUAAGAAGAAAGGAAAACAAAGAAGGGCUUUUUGGGUUCAUUAUCUUCAUCAGGAAGAAAUUCUGGGGAGAUACGUUGGGAAAGAGUAUAAGGAGAAGAAGGAGCUCUGGCACCACUUCACUGACGUGGAGCGGCAGAUGACUGCACAGCACUACGUGACAGAAUUUAAUAAGAGACUCUAUGAACAAAAGAUUCCAACACAGAUAUUCUAUAUUCCAUCUACAAUACUCCUGAUUUUAGAGGACAAGACAAUAAGGGGAUGUAUCAGUGUGGAACCGUAUAUGCUGGGAGAAUUUGUAAAAUUAUCGAAUAACACGAGAGUGGUGAAGACAGAAUAUGAAGCCACUGAGUAUGGGUUGGCUUAUGGCCAUUUUACUUAUGAGUUUUCCAAACAUAGAGAUGUGGUGGUUGAUUUGCAAGGUUGGGUGACUGGUGAUGGAAAAGGGCUCAUCUACCUCACAGAUCCUCAGAUCCACUCUAUUGACAAGAAAGAUGUUACCACCAAUUUUGGAAAGAGAGGGAUUUUUUAUUUCUUUAAUAACCAACAUGAGAAAUGUAAUGAAAUAUGUCAACGUCUUUCUUUGACCAGACCAUCUGUAUAGAAGCUGAGUAAGUCAUAGUCUAUCUGGAUUAAUAACACAAUAGAACUUCAUGCAGUUUACUAACAAUAAGUUCUUCUCUCCUUCCAACCUGGUACAUUUACGCUUGGGCAUGGCUAUCAGGCUAGUUCUUGUCAAUGAUUUGAUUAAACAAGUUCGUCUAUUUCAGCUCACUAAUGCCUAGGAUAUCAGUCUUCUUUUUAAAAAAAAUAGCUUUAUUGGC